UAAGAUCAAAAUAAAAUAAAUUUGGAGAUGCAUGCUUUUCACUGGACUGCAAUAAACGGCAACUUUUUCAAUGGGUGUUGCAAUGCAAAAUUCAUGGUGCUCAUUCAUAACUGCCUACAGGCCGGUGGAAUAUUUUUGGGGAUCAGAAUUGAUUCUUUCAUCUAGGUACAGUCAUCAAAUGUUUUUCUGAUUGUUUAUAUUACUUUCUUUGGUGGGGACUUGUAUUUAUUUAUUAAUUUAUUUAUUUUUGGAAUGACAACAAAAGCAAGCGCACCUGCCACUCGAUUCUCAAUGCGGUGGGCGGUGAACCCAAGUGGGCGUGUCGGGUUUCAGUUGACGCCUCUUUCUCUGCUGCCCUCACAACACACCUGGAUUGAAAUUUCAAACACCCGAUGACAACUUUGGCUCAAGCGAGGACGUCAUGGCCAAGGUGUAUGGACUCUAUGUGGGAAUACUAACAGGGCUGGCCUUGUGCGAAUGGUCCUUGGCUGGCUGGAACGCCACCAGUGAGGCUGUCAAUCAAACGGAGGCCCCCUGCCAUCGCCAUGGCAACAGAGACAACUGCACAGUACCCACCUUGGGCACAGGACAGUGGAAUGGACACUUCACCAAAUGUCCACAAGAAUUCUACCACUACUGCAUCCACGGGGAGUGUCGCUUUAUUAAAGAUCAGAAGGCGCCGUCCUGCAGGUGUCAGCGUGGCUACAUUGGCUCCAGAUGUGAGUACGUGGACCUAGACUGGCGGAGAGGAGAGAGGCAUCAGAUGAUCAUCAUCUGCGUCAUUGUGGCACUCGUGGUCCUCAUUCUUCUCAUUGUGUUCAUCUUUGCCUGUUCACAUCGCAGGUUCAGAAUUUGCCGGAAGAGGGGACGGCAGCAGGAGGAACCAAGGAACGGGACGGAGAAACUCCAUAUGAUGGAUACGCAUGCACAUCCCGUAACACGAGACUCAGUGGAGCCUCUAAACUACAAUGACGUAUGACAGCAGUGUUUGUGCGUGGCUUACGUGUCUGGGGACACUUCAGAUGUUGUCCUAUCGGAUGCACAGGGGUACCGAUCGAGGUCCGCCCCUCUGGGCUGGUCAGAACUGAAUCCUUCCUAAUGGGGAGACAUUUCUGUACAUGCUCGAGGACAUCAAACAGGAAGUCUAAACAAACCAGAGUCCUUGAGGUAGAGAACCAAGAAGAUACUUUGUUGGAUUUAUGAUAACGACAAGCCAGAGAUUAUCGUUCACUGGAACACACUGUACUUGUUGAGGGGCUACUGACGGUUAUGUCCUGUCGAGAGCCGCCAACUGUGGAUUGCUGUGCCGCAAAAUCAACAUUAUCCAUCAUUUCACUUUAUCCACAGCACCUUCCUGCGUAUCCUUUGAACUGUACCAAGGAUAUAGUUAUUGGUCAACAUUAGGAAUGCAAAAAGGUCCUUGGCAACCAAUAAGAUGUUCGACCAAUUCCUAUACCCACACUUUACCUUUCCAUAACCCUAAACUUUCACACAAACGCUAAGCCUAUCCAAGUCCCUAUACCGUAAAUCUAAAGUCAAACACUAAACACUAACCUUAAAUGCAGGUUGAAUAUUUAGUAAAACCAUUGAUGGUUUCUAUUUAAGUGUUACACCACAUGCCAUGUUUUUUUUUUGGGGGGGGGGGGUGUUGUGUUUGUGAAAGAUUGUGGACUCUAAAAUCCAAAGGAGGAGGACAAGGAGGACUUGUUAGUGUAUAUUUGGACACAGGCAGCUUCCGGGCCCGAACAACCCAGCCAGUGUGUGACGGAGGAGAAAGUGGUCUGCUGUUGGUGAAGCCUGCUCGCAUUUAUUUAAGUCUAAUUUGCGUCCAUUAAACUGUAUAUGUGUCAUAUUUUUAUUUGAACUCUCAUAAAAUACACCAUAAAACAACGCAAAUAAAUUUUGCGUCUGGCGUGA